AACGCUGUCAACGAAUUCAUUCAACGGUACCACGAAGGACUUUUACCUCGUGGCGAAAUAUUCUCCCUCAUGUACCAGCAACAUUUUGAUGAGGCAGUCAACUUUUUCCAUGUUCUCUACUCCGCUGUAGACUACACUACUUUCUACAAUACCGCCGUUUGGGCUCGUUUCAACAUGAACGAGAUGAUGUUUACAUAUGUGUUCAGCGUAGCCGUGCUGCACCAUCCUGAUACCGUAGGAAUCAGUCUGCCACCUUUAUAUGAAGUCAUCCCUCAUUUCUUCUUCGAUACUCAAAUGAUCUACCAGGCUAUGCAAUACAAAAUGAGUAAGGAUCCCACGAUCCACCACAGUGUUGUCUUCCCUGCCAACCACAGCCAAAUUACUUCAAUGCACACCACUGAACCGCAAGUUAAAACGCACUACUUCACCGACGACAUUGGUCUGAAUGAGUUCUACUUCUACUUUAUGAAUGAAGUGCCAUACUUUAUGACGAGUCAUGAAGUCGGAAUGCCUAAGGGUAUUCGUGGAGAACUAUUCCUGUUCGUUCACAAACAAUUGUUGGUUCGUUAUUACUUCGAACGUCUUAGCAACGGUCUUGGCGAAAUCGAGAAAUUCGACUGGAGCCAAGACUUCCCAGUCGGAUACCAUCCAACCAUUUCGCUACCUAACGGAGUUCCCUUCCCGGAACGUGAACCUUGGUCACCUAUACCAGUUGAGAAGUACGACUACGUUCAGGAAAUCGAAGAUGUCGAGAGCCGCAUUUAUGAGGCUAUUAAUUCUGGACACGUUAUAGAUCCCAACUACAAACCUGUUAAUAUUUAUAGUCCCGGCGGUCUUGACAUCUUGGGUAACAUCAUUCAGGGUAAUGCAGAUUCCUAUAAUCCUCACCUCUACGGUUCAUUUGUUCAUCUGGCAAAGAAAAUCUUUGGGUUCAAUGUUGAACCUUUUGGGAAGUAUCCAAUUUACCCAAGUGUCCUUGAGUAUUUCACUACCAGUAUGCGUGAUCCUGCUUUCUACGUUCUCAUGAAGAAGGUCGUGAACUUCUACAUGCAGUACAAAUCUCACAUGCCCGCUUACACCCAUAAUGAACUUAUAUUCGAUGGAGUCACUAUUGAACAUGUCUCUGUUGACCAAAUGAUUACUUACUUCGAGAACUUUGAGGCUGACAUGAGUAACGCA